AUGAACAAAGUGCAUUUAUGGUUACAGGGAGACAUCGAGGGGGUGAAUGCAGAGGCAAACGACAGGAAGCUGCUUUACGAGGAGUGGGCCAGCUACAGCGUCUUCUACAAGUACCAGCCCAUCGGACUCAUAAGGAAGUAUUUUGGGGAGAAGGUGGGACUAUAUUUCGCCUGGUUAGGAGUCUACACACAGAUGCUGAUCCCUGCAGCCAUCGUCGGAGUCAUCGUGUUCCUCUACGGCUGUGCCACUGUCGAUGAUAACAUACCGAG